AAGAAAUUCCGUUGAGUCGAGGGUUUACACAAACUCGUUGCCAAACAGCCCCUAAACAUCCUUUCUAUAUAUAAUAUAAAUAGACCAAAAUAUCCAUAAAUCUCCUUCCCCAAAUUCAUUCACAAGCUGAACGCAAAAAAGAAAACCCACUCUCUCACCCAAUCGAUUCUCCAACGAAAGAAAAGAGGCGGACGAAGAUUAAAAUCUCGAGAUAAAAAUGGCAGGAAUUUCUCAGGACUGGGAACCGGUGGUUAUCCGUAAGAAGGCACCCACAUCCGCCGCUCGCAAGGAUGAGAAAGCCGUCAAUGCCGCCCGCCGCGCCGGUGCCGAGAUUGAGACCGUCAAAAAGUCACAAGCUGGGACAAACAGAGCCGCUUCAAGCAGCACCUCCUUGAACACCAGGAAGCUUGAUGAAGACACUGAAAAUCUUACCCACGAUAAGGUUCCCACUGAAUUAAAGAAGGCAAUCAUGCAGGCUCGAAUGGAUAAGAAGCUGACACAAUCUCAACUUGCUCAGAUUAUAAAUGAGAAACCCCAGAUCAUACAAGAAUAUGAAUCCGGAAAAGCAAUUCCGAAUCAGCAGAUCAUUGCCAAACUGGAGAGGGCUCUUGGUGCGAAACUGCGUGGAAAGAAGUAAAAACCGACUCGGGAGGAAAGUUAACCGUGUGCACUUAUCAUUGCCCUUUGAGUUUUAAAAGUGGUGGUGUACGUACAUGAACCUUUUAUUUUCCCUUCUUUUUUUUUCUUUUUGGUCUUUUCGGCCUCUGUAUUGCUCGUAUGUUGGAAGUCUAAAAUGAAUGGAUUUGGCUUUCGUUAUGAAAGAUGGUUUGUGACUUUGUUCUGCUGUUGAAAAUAUAAGAAUUCCCCUGGAUCUGUGAUAUGCUUAUGAAUCUUAACCUAGUUCAGUGUUUGCUUCUUGUUA